AUGAUGCCUCAUUUACGUGAUUUGACAUUGGAUACGGGAUCUAUUUUUAUAGAUGGAAAUAUCUGGGAAAAAAUUAUUAUUAAGUAUUUACCUAAACUCAAAUAUUUUCAAUGGAAAACACAAAUUCAAAUUAAUGCAGGCUAUCAUGAUCAAGAAAAAAAUGUUGAUGUACUAUUGAACUCAUUUCGAAGGGCAUUUUGGCUUGUUGAACAUCAAUGGUUUGUUCAAUGUGAUUGGAGCCCAAUGAGAGGAAGUUAUUAUCUCUAUUCUAUACCAUACAGCUUUGAUAAUUUCUGUUUUUAUUUUCCUACCUACUCGAAAUCGACAUAUCCUCUUAGUUAUAAUCCAUUGUCAUAUCAUUCUGUGCGUACACUCAACUACAACUCUACUCCAAGUAAUUGUCUGCCACCAUCUCAUAUUCAGUUUUGCAAUAUUCAACAUCUUGUUAUCAUGUUUCUCGUUAAUGAUUAUUUUUAUACUGUGGUUCCAACACUUGACCAAUUAAUAUCUUUGAAUGUAUCAUUGAACAAUAAGCAGAAUAGUUUACAUCAGAUGAAACUCUUACUCAAUCGAGCUCCACGUCUCUCAUCAAUUAAAGUAAGAGAAUGGCCAUUGACAAUGAUAGAAGAAUUGUUGUUCGGAAUGAAGUGUUCAUCUAUAUCUGAACUAGAUUUCAGUUCCAUAAUUGAUGGUACAUACUAUAACAACGAACAAUGCAUUCGACUGAGCCGUUCGACACUUGGUGCUCAGUGUAAAAUGCUUGUUAUUAAUGUCAACAGUUUAACAUGUUUACUGGAUCUUGUUACUAAUAUGAAGAAUCUUCAAGUAUUAAAUAUUCGAUUUAAAGAUGUUAAGUGGAAUACAUCGUCUAAAACAGAACCUGAAUUUGAUGUUGUCGGAUGGCUGCAAGAACAUUUACAAUCCACAUCUAUUACUAUAACAAGCAUGAGAAGAGUAGUGCUAUCUGGUACUGAUCGGUGGUACAAUACUUAUUUACUUAUUCAACAUUCAUAA